GGUACAAACAUCUCAUUUCCUAGAAUCAUGCUUAAACGACUUCUUCUCCUUCCUAUGGUAGUACUCCACUAUCUUCCUGUACUCCUACUCCUUCACCUUUCUCAGUGUCAAGUACAGUGUAGAUCCUCGCAAUACACUUACAGAAGCUUCAACACUUUCAACGGCGGAAAUACUGAAUUGAAUGCUGUCCAACACCCAAUAUACAUUUCCCGUAUAAUGUCGUCUUUGUCUGGAAAUCAAUUUACAGGACCAGGAAGUAACAUAAUAUAUGCUGGACCGACUGUUAUAAUGUCAAGAAGACGAGGCGAAGGAUUUAGAAGUCCAGGUUUGUCCCCGCAUUUUCAUGGAGAUACAAUGAUGUGCUUUAUUCCAAACCAGCAACAGAUGCUUAUACCUUGCUCCGCUGUCAGAGGAUAACUGUUACACCAGCAGCUGUUAGGACGUUGUCCCAAUAUAACAUUGUAAUGAAUACAAUUAAUAUCUGCAAAGACAUAUCUGAUCAACAAAUAAUAUGUUGAUCCUUUAAACAAUAAGUUGACAAUAUGUUGACAAUAUGUUGACAAUAUGUAGACAAUAUAUUGACAAUAUGUUGACAAUAUGUUGACAAUAUGUUGACAAUAUGUAGACAAUAUAUUGACAAUAUGUUAAUCCUCUAAACAAUAUAUUGACAAUAUGUUGACAAUAUGUAGACAAUAUAUUGACAAUAUGUCGAUCCUUUAAACAAUAUGUUGACAAUAUGUUGACAAUAUGUUGACAAUAUGUAGACAAUAUAUUGGCAGUAUGUUGAUCCUCUAAACAAUAUAUUGACAAUAUGUAGACAAUAUAUUGACAAUAUGUUGAUCCUCUAAACAAUAUAUUGACAAUAUGUUGACAAUAUGUUGACAAUAAGUAGACAAUAUGUUGACAAUAUGUAGACAAUAUGUUGACAAUAUGUUGAUCCUCUAAACUUAGAGUCUCACACAAAAAAUGAGACUUAAACCAAACUAAAUAAAUUCCGUAGAGUCGUCUUUAAAGUGUAACACUCUGAACUCCCUUUCAGGCUGAAAGGGACUGACAAAAGUCAUACCGAGGGAUUUUUAAAAUUCCACUCUAAUAUAUUCUAUUCUCUUUGGUUCAUGCUGUUUUGACGCCAAUAAUCAGUGACGUUAUAUAAGGAUUUUAAAUAUAUUGCUAAGAAAGACGA